UUCAACAACGUAGACCUUGACCUGAGUGCCAUAGCACACAUUAAAAUACUAAAUUCAAAAUUCCACCAGGCACAUCCUCUGCCUUUCUUUGCUUCUGUUAAAUAUCGAAAAACCAUGGCCAGUAAGGAUUCGUUGGAAAAGGACAAGCCAAGUGAGGAGGCCACAGCAUCCAGCUCGAAACCAACUUCAUCUCGCCGCGGAGCCCAUCGACGCGUUCAGGAGGAGAAUACUAACCACAUGGCGAAGGUUUUUGAUAUGUUGGAACGUACUAAAAACAAUAUGAAGGAAUUGGAGAGGCAAAGAAUAUCCCAUUUGGAGGGUUUAAAGCAUUUGAGGGAUCGUCUUUUUCGGGAGAACGAAGCACUACGGCUGACGGCAGCCACAUUAGCGGGUAAUUCCGUUUCAGGACCAAUUGCAUCGUCCGGUGUCCUGCCCGGAAGUAGCAAGUUGGUUCCUGGGAAUUGUCCGUCUUUGGAAGUAGCAACAAUAGCUUCAUCGUCCCUGUAUCCACGCUGGCAGACAUCCAGUAAAUCGGUGUCCAUCGCCAGAACAUCGAGCAAGAAUCUCAGUUUGGCCACAACCAGCAUGGCACCACCACCUCCAAGGGCCAGUAGUUCCCGCAGUUUGUACAGAAAGAAAAAUCAGCGAUAUUUUAAGAGAAGCAAGCAGAGGAUGUUGCCAAGCAAUCAAGAUAAUAAUUCAGGCAUUAGUGGGGAAUCGGAGCAAGUGGUGACUGCUAAAACCUAAAGCAGCGUUUAUUAUCCAAUUUCAAAUACUAAAACUGAAUGAGUUUCUAGAAAAAUAUAUUCCCCAUUUCAGGUAAUAAAUUUAUACAA